GGACCUCGGGAACAUGGGGUCAGUCCCUGGAACCUUCCUCCCUGCGAUCCUUCUUCUGUCCGUGCAGAGCUGGGGUCCAGCCGCAGCAGGAAACACACAUAACUGUGACGAGCCACUAGUAUCUGCCCUGCCCCCAUCAUCCUUCAGCAGCUCCUCAGAACUGUCCAGCAGCCACAGUCCUGGGUUUGCAAGACUUAACCGAAGAGAUGGGGCUGGGGGCUGGAUGCCGCUCCUGUCGGACAAGAACCAGUGGCUGCAGAUCGACCUUGGAGAGAGGGUGGAGGUCACCGCGGUGGCCACCCAGGGCGGGUACGGGAGCUCCGACUGGGUGACCAGCUACCUCCUGAUGUUCAGUGACAGCGGCAGGAACUGGAAGCAGUACCGGCGGGAGGACAGCAUCUCGACGGCGGCUGAUUCGCCCUUUCAGACCUUCAGUAGCUGCAUGUGCUUCCUGCUGACUGCACAGGGCUUCCCCGGAAACGCCAACGCGGACGGCGUGGUGCGCCACAGGCUGCGGCCACCCGUGGAGGCCAGACACCUGCGCUUUCUGCCUUCUGCCUGGAGCCCCAAUGGCCGCAUCGGGAUGCGCGUUGAGGCCUACGGAUGCCCAUACAGCUGCUGCGAGCAGCAUCUGCCCGAGUGCCAACGCAAUCGAUACAUCAGCAUUGUCCUUGCCCAGGGGGCCCCUCAGUGCAGCCUGGUUGAGUCCUAA